GCUCAAGCCUGCGUCUGAACGUUGUCUUUGAGAACAAAACGCACGCAGUCGCACUGAAAGGAAUCAACCCGCGGCCGCCGGCAUAUUGAACUCGAACUUGCUAACGUUACCAGGAGAAGAAAAGAGCAGCCAACAUUGACGUCUGUAUGUAUGAGAAACAGUUUAAGUUGGAUAAAUAUAUUAGCAACACCUUCAGCUCUGAAAGCCAUUUCAAAACAAGGAAAGUCCUUUUUUUCUAUUGAAAACGGCUAACUAGCAUUUAGCUAGCUAGCUGUAUAAUGCCAAGUAGGGGGCGCAGAGGCCGGGGAGAAUUGAAUGCAUCUGUCGUUGGGAGUCUAGCUACAGUAGCACGCUAGCGUUCUGAGUUGUGCGGGGGAAAUGUUGGUAGAAUAGCUAGCCAUCCAGUAUAAGUCAGCGGACGUAGUUAUCUAACGUUAGUUAGUUUACUCAGUUAACUAUGAAAUAUAACUAGCUAACAUCUCUAACGUCCCCUACGUUACUACAGUAGCUAGUUCAGAAAGCUAUGUAGUAAUUUACAGUAGUUAGCUACUUUAAUAGCUAUAUAGCUCAUAGAAGCAGACUUGCUGGUGUUAUGACUAGCUAGUAAGCUAACGCUGGCUCUGAUUACCUUGGGGGUGUUAGCUGGCUAGCUAAGUACAGUUUUGUUAGCCUUUUCAGGCCCAUUCUACCUAGCUAACUAACGGUAUCUGGCAUGCAAGACAGGUCAGAGACGGUACAAGCUCUAGCUAGUAGUCCUGAUUUAUUAGGCAAAACUGGCUGCAGCUUUCGUCAACUGCUCUUGUCCUGAAAUGAUCAUUUCUUCACAUUUCAGGAAGGGUUCCCCCACCUGUUGUGCCUCUGACAUGAUUACUAGCUAGUAACAUUUUUAUUAUAUGGCAUAGAAAUUAAGAAUUGUGGUUUUUCUAACGUGACAUACAUUUGAAAUCCAGUCUCAUUUGUGCUUCAACAGAAAAUGGCUGUGAACGUUUACUCAACCUCAGUGUGCAGCGACAACUUGAGUCGUCAUGACAUGCUUGCAUGGAUUAACGAAUCAUUACAGAUCAACCUUACCAAGAUAGAGCUGUUAUGUUCAGGUGAGUGACAGGGUAUGGAUGGCAUUUGUUAUUGCAUUACAUCAUAAGGCAGAGAUUGCUUAUACUUGAGUAAAUUAAAGUACAUCCAGUAAUUGAUGUAGCCUAAAGGUUUAGCCUAAUUUCCUGUUGUGUGAUCAAAGAGGAAUAGUUCAAUAGGAUUUGUGAUGACCCCAGGUGUGUCUGUCUUCUAAAGGUGCGGCCUACUGCCAGUUCAUGGACAUGCUUUUUCCCGGCUGUGUGCCUUUGAAGAAAGUCAAAUUUGCUGCAAAACUGGAGCACGAAUUCAUUCACAACUACAAGAUCUUGCAAGCUGGCUUCAAAAGAAUGGGUGUCGACAAAGUAAGUAGGCUAUUUUAUUUUCCCUCUCAGCAUAGCCUAGGCUGUAGAGCAGUGGUAUUCAAACGUUUUCAGUGGGGACCCCAUUUUUCCCUGGCAGAAUUUAUGGGGAAACAAUUUGUCCCCAAGAAUUUCUCGCGACCACACCCCAUAUCUAAUAAUACAACCAUAAAAUACAUACAUUUCGAUUUUUACAUCAACAAAUAACCUUCAAUUCAUUGCAUUUUAAUCUCUUAUCAAAACGAAAAUAAACUAUAAAUACAUUUACUCAGUAAAACAUAUAUUUUUCAAAUGAUCUUUCUCAAAACAAAACAAAAUAUUGUCCCAUACAAUAAUCUGUUCUCUUAGUUUAAAAAUAAUAAUUUUGGUGACCCCACUACAAUUCCCCCGUGACACCGACUUUGAAUAUCACUGCUCUAGUCUACAUCCAGAGCUGUACCUAUUUGCCGGGCUACGUAUAUUUUUCAUCUGUUGAACCGGUUGCUUUUGAAGCAUAUGUAUCUAUUAAUCCUUUCGCUUCCUGUCUUUACGAGUGGCGCAGCGGUCUAAGGUACUGCAUCUCAGUGCUUGAGGCGUCACUACAGACCCCCUGGUUCGAUUCCAGGCUGUAUCACAACCGGCCGUCCCAUAGGGCGGCGCACAAUUGGCCCAGCGUUGUCCGGGUUUGGCCGGUGUAGGCCGUCAUUGUAAAUAAGAAUUUGUUCUUAACUGACUUGCCUAGUUAAAUAAAGGUGAAAUAAAAUUUAAAAAUACCAUGUGUUGGCUUGCAACAUAUUAACCAUUCAACAACAUCACCAAGUGCAUACAGGAAUUCAUACAAUCAAAAGACAUGGCCUACUUGUCUCUCUUAGAUGUUCUCUAAACCUAAUAUCCUAAUCUUUGGCUUCUCGUUUGGAUUUGCACAUCUGAGUUGCCCAUAGUGUGUGUACCAAUAAUGUCAACUGGAGUGUAAUCAUUACGGCGAUUCUGUUGCAAAACGUUUUGCGACAGAAACCAUUUACUCCAAACGGAAAACGCAAACAAGUUUCUAUUGGAGAAAUUCAGGUAGGGCCCUCCCCGUUUCUUUCUGUUUUGAUUCUUAAACGGUAAAGUUUCGGUAAAGUUCCCUGCUUUAUACUUCUCUGGCACCUUUUGGUAAUUGUUUCCUGCUGAGCUAGCAUGGCCUCUCUCUACUGUGGCUCACUGAUAUUUACUUUCCUGUGCCAGAAGAGGGGGAACUGUUGGCAUCCUAUACAGACUCCACUCUGUUAGUUAGUUAGUCAUUAGUUCUCAUCCAGUAUUUGGAUGGUGUAUUUGUUGGCUUCUGCACAGUGAAGAGUGUGUGAGUUGGAGAGCAAAACAGUCUGGAUUUUCUCCCAUCAAGUGUCAUGACGAAGUCCCUCAGAAAUGGACGGUCCUCCUUGUCUCCUAGUCUGUGUUCUAUCCAUAUUCAUUCAGCAUUUUUAACGGUAGUCACCUCUGCAAUGCAUGUUUAGGCUAAAUCAACUGUGUAUGGCGUGCACAUCCACUAGUGUUUAUCUAACCCAUUUUUGUGGUGUUUAAUCCACUAACAUGGUGCUUUGUUCUUCCCAAGAUCAUCCCUGUUGACAAGUUGAUAAAAGGCAAGUUUCAGGACAACUUUGAGUUUGUGCAGUGGUUCAAGAAGUUCUUUGAUGCCAACUAUGAUGGGAAGGAGUACGACCCUGUGGAGGCUCGCCAGGGCCAAGACACCAUGCCCUGCCCUGCAAUGUCUGCCCUCAACAAACCCAAGAAGAUCCUCAAUGCUAGUGAGUGGUGGCUCAGCCACUGAUUUUUAUUUAUUUUAUUUUCACUGUACUACUACUUUUUAGGAGUGGAUCCCCUAGAUAAUGUUCCAGGCAGGGCACAAAGGCCCCAAAAUCAACAUCUUGAGACCUUUUGAACUAAAAUUGUCAAUCGAAAGCAACUAAAACCAAAUUGUUUUGGGUUGGGGGGAGAAUAGAAACACUGACUUGCAGCAAGAAAUAGCUGCUGUAAGCAGUCUAGAGAUAACUGUUGUCUUUCCAUAUUGAAAUCUACUGAGCUUGUCAAUAACAACCUCUCCCCAUCUCCAUUCUAAGUAGUUGCUUGUUCCCCUCAGCACCCCAGCGGGCAGCAGUUGCCAAGGUAGCACCCAAAAUGGCGCCCAGCUCGGCACGGAGACCAGGGGCUGGCGGAAGUGACGAGGAGCGGGCAGAACUAAUCCAGGAGGUACUGUCAUCAUCCUUCCAUUCAUAUGCCUUGAUAUGUAUUAGAAAUAACAAUUGCUGUAUUCACAUGGUUUGACUGAAGUUCUAGCCAAAAUUCAGAUAUACAUCUGAACCUUCCCUCCCAGGUGAAUAUACUGAAGUCCACCAUCCAGGACAUGGAGAAGGAGAGGGACUUCUAUUUUGGCAAACUGAGGAACAUUGAGCUCAUCUGCCAAGAGAAGGAAGGAGAGGGCGACCCCACACUGCAGAGGAUUGUGGAUAUACUCUACGCCACCGACGUGAGUUUUAGUCAACAUUACAUGCAAAGCCUCACGGGUCAACUUCAGCUUUCUUAGAUUUAAGCCUGUGUGUUUUGGUUCAUGCAACUGCUGAUGCCCUCUAAAAUUCCAUCUGUGGAAUGGCAUGUAUGUAGCUCAAGCGGAAUGCUAAAGUAUGCUCGUACAGCAUGGACAAACUGUGCUGUUUCCCUCCAGCAGGCCACGCAUGAUUGGUUCAGUCUGUUCGAAACUCAUUCAUCUGGGUCAAAUGUCAAAACACUGGUGCGCUUGAUUUAGUGUAGUUUGCACUUUUGGCACCAUUCUAUUUGUGCCUCUGUACCAGGGAAAUUAAACGGCGCACAAGUGUUUGAAAAGUAUUUGAUGCAUGGCAGGCUUAGAUCAACAUUUUAGUGUAUUUCCACUAUGUAGAGUUCUGUAACCAAAUAUCUAAGCAGAUAAUAUCCUCUUUAUCCGUCUGUCUGUGCUUUCAGGAGGGCUUCGUCAUACCAGACGCUGAGUCAGAGGACCACGAGGAAUUCUAAUGUUCAAGACUGGAUCAUGCAACUUUUAAUACUACCCCCCAACCUCUUCAAUCAGCUACAACAGCUCCCAUCCUCACCCUACGUACCACACCCUAAACAACCGGAUCAUGUUAUGUAUUGCUUGGUCUCUGAGUAGACUGUAUAUGUUUUUCGUCUGUCAAAUCAAGUUGAAAUAAGUAGUGUGAAGUCCCACUUCCUCUGAUUUCCCUUCUUCGGGUCAUCCUAUUGGCCUGUGCCAGCGUCGGUCUCGGCAUCAUGUUGGAAGAAGGCGGUUAUUUUGGCUCUCUAUUUGGGUCCAGAAGAGUGAGCUGUCAGUCUGUAAGAUGCCGCUUUUUUUCUUGGUCUUUCCCCUAAUUUUCUAUCUCUUCCGGGAAUUGGAGUUACAAGUUCGUUGGCGCCUGCACUCACUUUUGUACAUUGUAUUUUUCUUAGUUUACUCGUUUCCCAAAUUAUUACAGUCUUUGCCACACGUACAGUGGGGAGAACAAGUAUUU